AUGAGUGCCUUUCCUAGCGUGAGCGCCGCGGGCCCGCCGGAGCGCGUUACUUGGACGGCUCGACCCCCGUCGGUUUACUCCGUUCGCGCAACCGUCCGCCGCGUGAAGCCGGCCCAGGGCGAGCUGGCGGGCGGCGGGCACCCCGCAUUGCCCCGAAUCACCAGCGCGGGGCUCCGGAACGCUGGCUCCCGGAAGCCUCAUCUUGAAGCAGACGGAACAGGCGGACUUCAUCCCGCCCGACGGCGCUGCGCGGCGCCCUUCCGAGCUCCUCUGCCGGGCGGGCGGGGACUCGCGGCGGCUCCGCCAACAGCCGCGCCGGGGACGCGAACAUCGCCUCCACCCCUAACCCUGGAACCACCGGUAGUGGCCGUUUCCCCGCGCCGCCCCCUCUCCGCCGCUUUGUGUGUGCGCGAAAUGUGCGGCACAUUGCAGAUGAACCCUAAGCCCGGCGAGCCGAGCCUAUUGUUCCCCGCGAGGAGCCGCCGCGGCGAGUGGGCCCGGCGCAGUGCC